GAACAGAGUAGAACUGUCCCAUGCGGUUUCCAGGGAGUGGCUGGUGGAUUGGAACUGCCAGCCUUUUGGUUAGCAGCCUGAGCUCUUAACCACUGUACCACUUGGGCUCCUUUCUAGUACAUACUUACCUUAGUCUAUAGCUAUGGCGAUAAUAAAAAUAUGAUUACUUUAUUCAUAACUAUCCUAAGCAAUACUGUUUACUAUUAAAUUAUGAUGCACAAAAAUGAUAUGUAGCGUUUUCUUUCUUUGGUCAGCGGUUCCACCCUUCUAACCUACUUUAUGUAAUUCAAACAUCGUUCUAAAGCAAUCUUUUUUGCCUUAAAACACUCAGUUCACCAGAGAUUGCAGGAUCAAGUCCAAACACCUCAUGAUGUGUAAAGCCCGUAAUCUGGAUCCUGCUUCACCUCUCAAAGUUUUAUGAGCAUAUGGACAUCACUGAAGUUAGAAUGACUUGAGUACGAAUACCUGCUCUUCCAUUUCUGUUAUCCUUAUACAGUAAAAGUUGCGAAGGCUGAAACCUGUGUAAGGCAGAAAACCUGUCAGAGAAGGAAAACUCAAAUACAUUCCACUAAAACAAUUACUUCAGCCUAAUAUUCUUUGAAAGCCAGAACCUGGGAAAUGUGGACGGAGUCAGAAAAUCGUUAGUAUUGCAACCGAAAUAUAAGGAAGUGCAGAUGCGAAAGCCGGAAAUCAUUCCAAGAAGUACAAGAGUCAGAGAUGAAGGCUCAGUCUUGCACUUCCUUUUGCAUUGUUACUGUGUGUAAGCACAUACUGUGCAUUGCUACUGUUUUCUGAAUACACCUAUUAUUUACAUUUUUACCUUUUUUUUUUCUGCCUGUAAAUUUUUCCUAGCGAAGGACAACAUCCAUCAGCUUGGAAGAAAGUAAGAGAUACCAAUAAAUUCCUUUAUUUUCAUUAAAAUCUAGCAGAGCACACUUUUUUUCCUUGUCUUGAGAGAUUUGACUCUUUAAUUUUUAGUUUUCACUUUAGCUAUUUGUAAUUUUGAUACACAUUAUUACAAACUUCAAAAUCUCGUUCAUUUCCUUGAAGUUUUGUUCUUCAGAAUUUCUUGUUUUGCUCCCCAAAAAGAGAAGUAUUUCCUCACUUAACACAUUCAUUGUGUGUACCAAAGCAAAAACAUUCUUAAAUAUUUUACUGAAGUGUGUUAAUUGUAUCAUAUAAUGAUGUUGGUUUUCAUUUUUUCUUUUUGUUUGAGACAAUUCACGUUUUCGAGAAGAUCAUAAAUUCCUUAUUUUUAUAAGAAUUUAUUUCACUCUCUGUUUUCCUUUUUUUUUUUGAAAAUGAUUCCUUCACAGCCAUGGAUAAGAGGGUAAGAAAUUUAUCUCUGAAAGAAAAGUUUGAUGUUGUCAAAAUGAUAACUGAAGAGAAAAGGACUGUCAAGGAAGCUGUGAAUAAGUUCAAGUGCAGCAAAACGCAAAUCUACUCAAUUAUGGAAGAAAGGGAUAAGAUAAUAGAGAAAUACAUGAACAGUAUCAACGCAAACAUCAAGAAAGGAAGGGGGGAUGGAAAUCAGCAAUCUGUUUUUGAGUGGUUUCUUCAAGCUUCUGCCAGUAAUGUUCCCAUUUCAGGACCUAUCCUGCAAGCAAAGGCGAAGGAAACUGCGAAACUUUUAAAAGUUGAUGGAUUCUCAGUGUCUAAUGGGUGGCUUCAGAGCUUCAAAAAAAAACAUGGAAUCACUUGCAAUGUGGCUUGUGGGGAAUCAAACGGGGUUGGCAUGCAGGUUCAGGCAGCAGUAAAUGACAUUUAUAGUGGUGUUUCAGAAAAUAGGGUCAGUGCUACAUCUUACGUUGUUAUUGACAAAGAAAUUGCCACAGAAAUGGAUGAUAUAAACCUGCAAGAAAUUGUAGGCUUACAAUCUAAAGAUGACAACGAUGAAGACAUACCAUUAGAAGAGGCUGAGCCUGUAAGUCAGGCACAAGUUUUCAGCUAUAUAAAGGCUUUGAAGGAAUUUGGAAAAGUUAAAGGAGACCAAGAGUUUUUUGAUAAGGCUAUAGACUUAGAAAUUUGUUUCAGUAAUUUCAUAAAAAAACCAAAACAAACUAAACAGUUAACAUUAGAUGUUUUAUUAAAAAGUGAAUUUUACCCAUCUCUGUUUGACUAGUAAAUGCACAUACCUGUAUCUAAUUUGAAUAAACGUGCAAAUCUAAAAAAAAAAUGGUUUUUUUCCCAGUCCUAUAAAAUCGAAAACAAACACUAUCUGAGUGUUUAUGAGGUUAGGAUUCUUAAUAGAGAGUGCUAGAAAGUCGUUAGACUGCACUCUGUCAAAGGCAGAAAACCUGGCAAGACCCAGAAAAACAAGGCAGCCCUGUCAAGUUCUGGCUCACACAGGUUUCAGUGUACUAUUUGCCACAUUUUUAGCCUUUAAGAAUGAAUUAUAAUUACCAAAACCGGCCAUCUUCUCUUUCUCCCAUUAGAGACUAGAACAGGGAUGGGCAAACUACAGCCCCCACAACUUGUUUUUGUGUAACCUGGGAGUUUAAAAUAUUUUUUAUAUUUUUAAACGCUUGUUAAAGGGAGGUGAGAGGAAUAUGUGAGACUGUAUAUGGCCUGCAAAACCUAAAAUAGUUCCUGUGUGGCCCUUUACAGAAAAGGUGCAGAUCUGUGGAAUAGAGCCACUAAAGGAAAACAAAAUGCUUAAAGGGCAACCAGUAAGCCAGAGACCCUGCUGGUCAUUAAAGGAACUAGUAAAAUCAAACAAUAGCUUUAACUAGUAAAAAAAAAAAAAAA